CAUCACGGCGCGACAGGGAAGUGCAGCUACUACGCGCGCCCUUCACUUUACAGUCGUUACAGUACCUGAACACCCUUGCAAAAGUCUUGUGUUUGUAGUUCAAUAACAGCAUUGCUCUGAUUUCUGGGGUUUUAUGAAGUGACAGAAACUAACACCAGCAGUGGUUGGGACAAAUAAAUCAUUUUUGGAGGUUUUAGCGUUUAAUUCGGAUCAGGCAGCGAUGGCGGCUCCAAACUCUGCAGAAAGGAAGGCAUGCUGGGACGCCAGGGACCAGCUAUGGAAAUGUCUGGAUGACAGUGGUGACAAAGCUGCCUCCUGCCAGAAGUUCCAGAGCAAGUUUGAGGCAAAUUGCCCCGCUCAGUGGGUGAAAUAUUUCACCAAGAGGAGAGACUUCCUGAAAUACAAAGAUAAGAUGCAGACAGAAGGAUUCACACCUGCCGAAGGCCCCCAGCAACCUUCCUAAAUCACUGGACGGCACACUGACUUUCAGCCUUAUUCAGACCACGGCCAGAGGGGCAGGACUUUAUUAUGGACCUGAACUUCACCUUUAUCAUUAUUUAUUUGUACAGAGAUAAAAGCUACACACAUUAGCAGCUCCAAGCGGCAGAAUGAGCGACCUGUUUGGGCUUAUUUGAGCUUCCCUCCUCAGAAAUCUGUGACGUCAGCUCAUUUUAACCAACCCAGCUGAGAGAGAGAGAGAGAGAGAAACUGGAUGUAGACCGUUGGGAUAAAGCCUGUCAUUGGCUGCCUAUUUCAGCUGGUUUUCUCCUCCUCUUCCGUAAUCUGUUUUGUAAGGGCACCGUCGCUGCAUUUGGGGCUUAGCACCGCCAAAGAUGAUUGUGAUUGGUUUAAAGAAAUCCAAACCAUCCAGAGCGUUUUGUCCCCUAUCGCAGAAUGUUAACUCGUGCGCUGUGGUGACAGGUCUGGGCAAUGCAAGACUAGAUUUUGACCUGGAAAUGACAUGUAAUGUCCCUGUGGAACUUUACUAAUGCCACUUGGAAUAGUUGUGAUCAGUGCAACGCUUACACAGACGCAGUACAUGCACACACUGGGUCUUAUGUCUCAUUCUAACACUGUUCACGAGGGAUUUUCUGCGGUUGUUUUCAGUGAAAGCAUCACCUCCUUUGCAUCCGGUAGCAGCCGCAACAUUCUGUGUGCAGAACACGGGGUAAAGUUCUACAUCUGCGUGGAGUUUGGGUUGAAGUCACAAGUCUUGAUCAAUUCAAUUAUGCCAGUGUGAUUUACAAAUAAAUGCCGAUCUUUAGCGUUUGCUGAUACUUAGCGUUUUAAUUCUGGGACAGUUCCUCAUUAGGUUAAAUCUCAAGUGUGAUUGACUUGUGGUGUUUUAUGUAAAUAAAAAAGAAUACAUACAUACAA